AUAGGUCAGUAACGUGUGGAGCCUACACUACUAUGCCUUAUCUCAAGUUCCAGUCUAAUUCUUAUGAGGAUCAAAAUAGGAGCCACAGCUCAGGGCUCACAUCAACUUCCCAAGUCAUUAGUUCUAAACUUCUACAUUCAUGGGUUUACCCUCAAUCUACCCUACCACCUUCUCUUAUACAAGUGUUGACCUCAUCAACAGCUGAGGGAGCGGAAAUGGAAUUCUUAAGAAAACGACAGGUAGCGUGGGAGGACUCAUUUCAAAGUCUUUACUACAUGCUUCGCAAUGGGAUCUGUAAUAUCUUUUACGUGUGUACUCCAUAUUUUGUGGUGAUGUUCACUGGUUCUGAUGUCGCUGGUGGCUCAAAACGCUUCAACAAUGCUUAUAUUUCACAGUCAACAGGAGCCUUGAGAUCAUUGUUAAGAGAGCAUGAUGUUUGUUUCUCUAUGCCUCUUUGCCGUUCUAAGGUAGAGCAAGUCGCUCAAGAAGUUCUUAUUGAGCUCUCAGAGAUGGAGAAGCAGAAUUUCAGCCAGACUCGGCGCUCAAGUUCCUUGUCUGAUAUAGAUAAUACUCCGGAAUCAUUGCUUGUUUUCAGUGGCAAUACGAACGUACAUGGUCUGUUCGAUAUUUUGUUAAAUUAUAGAUCUUUCUUGACUGUCUUGAUGGGAAUAGAUGUUCCUGUAUUAUAUUCACCUGUGCCAUUUCAGAAUGCUGCAAUUUCUUCUCCAGAGGUUAAAUGCAUGGAAUUGAAAAGACCGGACCAUAUUGUUGCUCCCAAUAAAGGAUCCAUCAUUAAUGAUGAUGGAUCCAUUAAAAGCUCAUCAGCUGGUCUCUGCUCAAGUGUUGAAAUUAAGGACGCAUAUCUUCCACCAUGGAUCAUUUGCAGCCUAUGUGCCAUAAUGGGCUCUGAAGGGAAAAGCUUUGAGGCGAGUUUUAUGAAUGAACCUACCUCAAUCGGUUUGAAUGUUGCUAUAGAAGCAGUUCCUGAGAAAUCUGAUUGUCAAGAUGCGGCAGCUGAAGACUUGCAAGAAAGCACCUAUGCAUUUGGUAUUCCAGAAGCCACUGUUACUCCUUACUUGCGCAUGGGAUUAUUAGAAACUUUGAAGUUCUCAAAUGGUUCUUAUUCAGGUUCUCUUUCUCCGGCUUUAGAAGCUGACUAGAAAUACAAUAAUUUGUUUUCACAAUGUUUCUGGCUGAUUUCAUUAUUUAAUCCUAACUAAUUGUAUCUGCUUUGAUUUGGUCUAUUCUAAUUUUGGAUGGCCUUGUUUUGCUUCUGUAA